GAGGAGAAAGUAGAGAAUGAUGCCUCCGCGCCCUGUGAACUUCCAACAAGGGAAGGUGACAUGAAAGGAGAUCAGACAAUUUCUGUCCAGCAACAUGACAGCAAGCUCCGGCUGGGAGCCAGCGCCGGCAGCCACCAUGGCAUCACGCAUAGGGCUGCGCAUGCAGCUCAUGCGGGAGCAGGCACAGCAGGAGGAGCAGCGGGAGCGCAUGCAGCAGCAGGCUGUCAUGCAUUACAUGCAGCAGCAGCAGCAGCAGCAACAGCAGCAGCUCGGGGGGCCGCCCACCCCGGCCAUCAACACCCCUGUCCACUUCCAGUCGCCACCACCUGUGCCUGGGGAGGUGUUGAAGGUGCAGUCCUACCUGGAGAAUCCCACAUCCUACCAUCUGCAGCAGUCGCAGCAUCAGAAGGUGCGGGAGUACCUGUCCGAGACCUACGGGAACAAGUUUGCCGCCCACAUCAGCCCGGCCCAGGGCUCUCCGAAGCCCCCACCAGCUGCCUCCCCAGGAGUGCGAGCUGGACACGUGCUGUCCUCCUCCGCUGGCAACAGUGCUCCCAAUAGCCCCAUGGCCAUGCUGCACAUUGGCUCCAACCCUGAGAGGGAGUUUGAUGACGUCAUUGACAACAUUAUGCGUCUGGACGAUGUCCUUGGCUACAUCAAUCCUGAAAUGCAGAUGCCCAACACGCUACCCCUGUCCAGCAGCCACCUGAAUGUGUACAGCAGCGACCCCCAGGUCACAGCCUCCCUGGUGGGUGUCACCAGCAGCUCCUGCCCUGCGGACCUGACCCAGAAGCGAGAGCUCACAGAUGCUGAGAGCAGGGCCCUGGCCAAGGAGCGGCAGAAGAAAGACAAUCACAACUUAAUUGAAAGGAGACGAAGGUUCAACAUCAACGACCGCAUCAAGGAGUUGGGAAUGCUGAUCCCCAAGGCCAAUGACCUGGACGUGCGCUGGAACAAGGGCACCAUCCUCAAGGCCUCUGUGGAUUAUAUCCGGAGGAUGCAGAAGGACCUGCAGAAGUCCAGGGAGCUGGAGAACCACUCUCGCCGCCUGGAGAUGACCAACAAGCAACUCUGGCUCCGUAUCCAGGAGCUGGAGAUGCAGGCUCGAGUGCACGGCCUCCCUACCACCUCCCCGUCCGGCAUGAACAUGGCUGAGCUGGCCCAGCAGGUGGUGAAGCAGGAGCUGCCUAGCGAAGAGGGCCCAGGGGAGGCCCUGAUGCUGGGGGCUGAGGUCCCUGACCCUGAGCCACUGCCAGCUCUGCCCCCACAAGCCCCACUGCCCCUGCCCACCCAGCCACCAUCCCCAUUCCAUCACCUGGACUUCAGCCACAGCCUGAGCUUUGGGGGCAGGGAGGACGAGGGUCCCCCGGGCUACCCCGAACCCCUGGCGCCAGAGCAUGGCUCCCCAUUCCCCAGCCUGUCCAAGAAGGAUCUGGACCUCAUGCUCCUGGAUGAUUCACUGCUACCGCUGGCCUCUGAUCCACUUCUGUCCACCAUGUCCCCCGAGGCCUCCAAGGCCAGCAGCCGCCGGAGCAGCUUCAGCAUGGAGGAGGGCGAUGUGCUGUGACCCUGGCUGCCCCUGUGCCAGGGAACAGGGGCCGGCCUGGGGGCUGGGAGGGCUGGGGGCACCUCCCUCCCACCCUUCAGGCUGCACUGUGUGUGAAGUAGCCACCUGCCCUGCCUUCCUCCUCCCUGCUGGCCCCUGUUUGGACUUAGUGCCUGUCUGGCAACCUGUGGGGUCAGGAGAAGCACCCCCAGGGCAGCCCUCUUGACUGGCCCAGUGGGAAGAGGCCUUCAGCCCCUCUCCCGGAGAUGGAAUCGUGGGGCAGUGAGGGGCAGGGUGUUCUAGAGGUGAGAAGAGGGCCUGGUGGAGACGCCCUGUCUUCUGAGCCCGACCCCUCAUUACCAGUGAAGGACAUGCUGGAGGGUCGGGGAGACUCCUUACCUGAGGCAACUGGUCCUGGGGGUGCCCAGGCCUGCCUUUCUGGGACUCAGAUGGCAGGAGGUCCGCCCCGCAGCCUGGUCCUCGGCCCUCCCACAGGUGGGCACCCCCCACUUUGGUGCUAACAGCUCUCCACCAGGUGGUGUGAGCGCGGGGGCUGCCAGAAGCGGGAGGGGUCACUGCCGGAAGAGCAGCUGCCCUCCGACCCCCCACUUUGUGCCUUUAGUAAACACUGUGCUUUGUA